GCGACAACCGCACCUAGUUUAGGGAGAGAUUCCUUGGCAGAUGCUGCCGCCGCUCUGACUUCGCUUCUGGUCUUAUCCUUCCUCCUUGCUGCUCCUCCCCCUCCAAGCCCAUCCUUUCAUCUCCAUCGCGAUGCCGUCUAUCACCACCAUAGCCGUGCCGCGGCUCGAUCUGCUGCUCCUGAGCGCAGCCACCUCGUCCCCGACGCCGAGCUCCUUCUCCCCUGCCUUCUUUUCCCCAGGCCGCCAUGGACGCCCGAGGUCCUCCGCUCCGAGUCUCCGACCCACACCCCGGCGUCCCUGCCGACGUCGUCGCCUAGGAAGACCAUCAUGCCCGCUGCAGGAGCUUCGAGCCGACCCCGCAGCAUGUAGACCGCCGUCGCCCGUCCGCCGUCGGGAAUUACCAGAUCCCCCCGUAUCCGACCUGCCCCGCCAUCCUUCUCCCGUUCCCGACGUCUCCUCGGCGCCAGAAUCUCAGGCGAGCGACGCCGCAAGACCCUGCCUCCUCUGCCCCGGAGGCCGCCAUGGAGGUCAUCGCCUCUCCGUCUCGAUCCGUCCACCGUCGGAUCCAUGCUGGUGUUCUCCAGGGACCCGCCAUGGAGGUUGCCGCCCCUCCCGUCUCGAUCCUUCCGCCCCCGGAUCCACGGCAGAGCAGCCGAGAUCCGCCGCCCGUUCUGUGACGCCUCGGCCCGCCAAGGCAAGCGCAGAGGCUGACAAGGCGCACAGGAAGGCCAAUGGCCUCGCCAAGCUGCGGGAGGACUUGCGGGCUAGGGUCGCCAGCCGCAAGCGCGCGCGCGAGCUCGCCCCAUGCUGGCCAAGGCCACCUUUAGCGACCUCCUAUCCGCUGUGCACUAACGCCCGCCAUGACGCCAGGGUCUUUUUUGCAAAAAUGAAACGUUAUCUCGUGAACAGACUUAAAAUAGGAUUGCGGGUUGAAUUAUUAGGAAAUAGAGGGACUUUUCCGCAAAAGUGCAGACGACGUACGACCAGAAACCAUCGCUGCUUUAUUAUU